AUGACUAAUUUGCAAAAAGCCUAUCUUGGGAUGCAAUGUUUCUGGGGUGCUGAAUCGACAUUUGCAAAAUUGGAUGGCGUAUUGGCAACACGAGUUGGUUAUGCUGGUGGUACCACAGAUGCACCGAAUUAUCGGAAUAUCGGUGAUCAUACAGAAGUAACGGAAGUUCAGUUUGACGGAAACAUUAUAAGUUACAGUGAAGUUCUGGAUUGCUUCUGGCGAAAUCAUAACCCAACUAAAGAAUAUAAAAAGCAGUAUAAAUCCGCAAUUCUCUAUCUGAAUGAUCAACAAAAUGAGAUUGCCAAGCAGAGUUUAAAAAAGAUACAGGAGAAAUACAACAACCGGAAAUUGGAUACAUAUAUUCAAAAACUGGUUCAAUUUUAUCAGGCGGAAGAUUACCAUCAAAAAUAUUGGUUGCGUUGUCAAACGGCAAUUUUUAAAAAGUUGAAUCUGAGUAAUGAAGAAGUGGUAAGUUCACUAUUGGCUACAAAAGUGAAUGCAUUUUUGGCAGGAUAUACAAAUUUCGAUCUCCUCAAACAGCUAGCUAAUCAGUAUCAAUUAGACGAUGAUGUUACCAAACUAAUUGAAAGUAUUGCUUUAACAGGUGGAGAUACAAAGGCAUGUCACGUAUAA